AUUCUAGCUACGCAGCGAACAGUCAAACAAAGUGUCAUGCGUGCAUGCAGCCGUUUAACAGACGCACGACUAGUAUCUUUGACCAGGAGGAGAGUCACUUGCCAACACAUGUGCAGCACACACAUUGUCUGUCGAGGCCAUCAUACACGAAGCGUAAAUCAUGUCUCUGUCGAAUAUAAAAUGUAGGCAACGAUUUCAAUGUGUCUCGCCAUUCGCUUGAAGUAGGCCAGCUCAGAGUCAUCCUGUCGCACAGAGGCAAGACACCGAGAGAAGAGAAGAGAAGAAUGAAUGCCGUCAUGGAUGGAUGGACGGGUGUGUGUGUGUCGGUGCUCGUCGCGUCACCUGGUCAGUAUCGGUACGUUUGUGGUGGUCUUGGCUCGAGUCGGAGAAGGGGAUGCGCACCUGAGGCCCAUCGAGGGUUGUCGGCUAGCCUUCGAUGGGCGACACACGCUCCUGCUGCAAACACACAGAUAAGACAAGAAGGAAUGGAUGGAUGUGGAGUGGCUGGGCUUCUCGUGGGUAGGGGCAGCAGCGUAGGUGGUGAAGGUUCCGCAAAUAUAAAUUGUAGGCAGCAAUGUCCUGAGGCAGCAGACAGGCACACAGCCACUUUGUCUCGCCUGUGCAGGGCCUACUUUCGCUCUGCUCACCGCAUUCUCCUCUUGCACAAAUGAAAACCGUAGACCACAUCGGCGAAGCCACAGCCACACGACUUCUUCGAUGCUGCACAUCACAUCACAUCACAUUGCACCAUCUACGUAUGUACCACCUAUCUCUCCGCGUCUGUAUAUGUGUGGUUGUGUGGGCGCCCAGCGUACCGGGCUGUUCGGUGGACGGUGCUGGUGCUGCUCUUGCGAACACAACAGGGCGUGGUAUGGCUGAAAGAAAUUGUGCAAGACAGACACGGGGAGAGACGUACCCUCACAAAGCAAGACGCAGCACAUGUUUUGUCGAACGCACCGGUAUUUGUGUGGAUAAGGUUGGGCGGCAACGGUGUUCUGACCGCCCACACAGGCCGUGUAGCUGCACAGUCGAACAAAGAGGCAGGCAAUCGGUGAGCGCGUUGUCCAUCCAUCCGUGUGUUUGUUCUACCAAUACUGGCGAGGUAUGUCGGAUAUGUGAACGUCGGCUUGGUCGGAUACAUGGUCGCCCCCAUACCGAAUGCUGACACCACACACACACACACACACUCACAUAGCUCACUCAUGCCACUGCCUGUCUGUAUCGCCCACGCACCUAUCGUAGGGUUGUGGUGCAUAUGCAGUGAUGUGUUGUGUGAUCUCGUACUCAUAGUGCGCCGCUUGGCGGGCGGUAGUUGUGGUGUGGUAGUUGUGGUGGCGGGUGGUAGUUGUGGGCAGGAGGGCGUGGCACGGCUCCACGCACUGAGAGAGAGACAACCAGUAAGUGCGUUGUCUGUCCAGCCGUAUGUUUGUCCUACCUACCGCUACUCGGCAUGAUGGGUGAGGCGCUGCAACAUACGCUGACGCGACACACACAUGCAGCUCAUCCCAUCAAUACCUUCCUGUCUUUGCUGUCCACUGCCUGUUUGUAUCACUCACCCACCCACCCACCAAUCCUGGAGUAAAUCGCCGGCGUGCAGUGCACCGUCCUGCAAGGCCACACACACAUACCCAAAUACAGGGAAAUGGCCUGCACAUGUGUUCCAGGCUCACUGACAUGCGAUGGGAAUCCUGCUGCUGGUACAUGUACUGACCAACCACUGCACACACGCAGUAACAGCACGAGAUGGAUGGAAAGAGAGGACACAGCUCAUCUACCUGGUGCCGAGCUUCCAACGGCACCUCGCUUGAUGACAGGCUGAGCGGCAGGCUGCUGCGAGAGCCCGCCACUCGUCGGGGGUGAACGAAGACUGACAGAAGGUAGAAUGCUCAGUCACCAGACAAGUAGCCGUAGCCUCUCACCCUUCAGCUCUUGCUCUAGCGCUACAAUGCGACUGUCGCGGUCUUGCAGAAGCGCCUCCUUGUCUCGCAGUUCCGCAUCACGUUCCUGAAGGCACAUGCAGGCAAGCACACAGACCGACAGACAUCUAGGAAAGGCACACAGGUACGCAGGCCGAUCGAUAUCCACACCAACAAUCAUGGCCUCAUGUGGGCCGUGUCUUCUCUCUUCCCUCUUCCCUUUUCCCCCUCCCCCCAUCCAUGCAUCCAUCCCUCCUCCCCCCCCACUUGUGUGUCCAGCCCCCCCUUCUCAUGUCUUGCCGAAGAUAAAGCUCGAGAUGGCCUCGACGCACCCGCAGCCGCACGACUUGUUGGUGGCUGCGCAUCGUGCGACACCACACCACAUAGCACACGUGCCGUCGCUUUGUGUGUGUGUGUGGUUGUGUGAUAGCAUACGUGUGCGUGGCUUGGCCAGGGAUGGUUGUUGUGGCGGGGUCCUGUGGGCGGGCCGUGGCAUGGCUGCGUGGAGGGCUGUAGAGUACAGAGAGAGAGACGAGCAAUCAGGAAGUGCGUCCACGUGUAUGUCGAACGCACCGCUACUGGCGACGAGCGUGGGAGUGUGUGUCUUGGUCGGCCACACAGCGGGUGCAGCUGUACAGCCCAACACAACACAGGUGCAUCCCAGUGGUGCCUUCCUACACCCACUUACCACAAUAUCGAUAGACCGUCGGCUGCCGAUAGCCAUAGACGGGCGCGUGGAUCAUGAAGUGGGGGUAGGCCUGCGUGUGGUUCUUGUUGACGAGACGACGGAUGGCGGGCUCCCACCUCGCUGCCUGGCCCGCUGCUGCUGGCUGUGUAUUCGCUGGCAGCGGGUGCUCGGGCAUGAACGCACACGAUCUGCAUCCAUUCGCAUACGCAAACACACACACACACACAGAGAGAUAGGGAAAUGUGUGUGUGUGUUUUCUGCAGUGUAGCGGCGUACGUUUGGGUCUGGUUGCGGGCUUCUGAUACACAUGAGAGAAAGAAGAAAGAAGAAUGCACACACACAUACACUCAUGGCACUCAUACUGAGUCACCAAACAAGUAGUGUGUGUGUGUGGCCGUGGCCCCUCACCCUUGAGCUCUGCCUCGAGUGCUGCGAUACGGUUGUCCCGCUCCUGCAGCAGCGCCUCCUUGUCACGAAGCUUGGCAUCGCGGUCCUGAAGCCACAAGCGACAAGCACGCAGACCUCUUUUUGUCUGAUUAAAGUGUCCUGCAUCCAUCCCACUCUUGCUCUGCUCACGUCGAUCGUCUUCUGCAGGGCCUCAACGGUGCGCUCUAGGUCCUCCUUCUGCCGUCUCAGGGCUCGAUAGUCCUAUACAGCAAGAAGCACCUUGUAAUUCUCCUCCAUUUCCAGGUAGGCCUCCUGCAUGGCAUCUCACCUCUUUUUGCUUUAGGAGUGUCUCGACGCUCCUAUACAGAUAAACACACAUACACACAAAGGCGCCGCAUCCAGGGUGAUCGGCCACUCCUUGUCAGGCGUCAACUCACGACGGUCGUCCUGUUGCACACACACACAGAGAAGAGAAGAGGCGAAGGAAUGAAUCAAUGAAUGUGUGUCGGUGCCCCUCGCUCACCUGAUCGGUCCGCUCAUGGUGCACCUCACGGUGGGCUCGGCUCGGCUCAGCAAUUCAGUAGCCGGGGGGACCCCUCUCAGCAAUUCAGUACGUCCACGUGAGUGUUG